AUGCGAAGCUUGACUCAGCGCACGGCACUGCGAAGCACGCUGGACGGCGCAUAUGAAGAUGCACAAGACACGGUGGUGGCAACAGUGAGCCAGAAGGUCAAUACGAGGAUUGCGCUUGAGACAUCCAACGGCGGCACCACCACCACCGUUCACCGCACCACUGGCAGCACCAGCACCACGAGCAGCGGCAGUAGAGUUUCCAAGGUGCCCGUGAUGACAUCGGUGGUGAUGACAUCGGUGGUGAUGACAUCGGUGGUGAUGACAUCAGUGGUGAUGACAUCGGUGAUGAUGCCAUUGGUGGUGAUGAACAUGGCGCGGCUGAGCUUCGGCAUGCAGCGCUGCAUUAGCAUUGACCCAUGGGUGAAGCGCAGGAGUCGCGUGGUGGUGUCGUGGAACGUGUAUGCGGGCAACAUCGGUACGGACGGCGUGGAUGACGGGCUGCAGUGCUCGCGGGUCUUGUUCUUUGAGGCCACCGGCUGCCAGGGCGAGGCGGUGGAUAGCAUCAGUAACCCGAGCCCUUCUGCUAUCCUGUGA